CAUAAAGAAAUUGAGAUGUCAAAGGAAGUCCAACAAGUAUCAUUAGACUUGAACAUGAGGAAUGUGGAUCAGGUGCCACAAUUUCCAUCUAAAAGUGAAGAGAUAAUUAAGAAAUCCAAUGAUGGUCAAAAGGUGUUGUCAUUAAGUGAAAUGAGCAGAAAGAAACAUCUUAUGCUUUCGGCAAGGGAAGCACUCUACAACCUUUCUGAUUUGACGCGCUAUAAGUCUACACCAUCAGCCGAGUCCAGAUUGGAAGAGAUACAAUAUAUGGGUGUUACCUUGUGUUCAAGCUCUCAGAAGAAUGUCAAGGAUUUCAUUGUCCUUUGGAAGUACAAGAUCUACUCGACCGAGGAAACAAAGAGGCUGAAAUUGUUUACUUUAAAACCCCAAGCCCAUGGAAUGUACAUGAUAUUAUUACUCAGGUUCCAAAACAAAGAGAAGAUGGAUGGAUGGAGCUUAAUGUGUGGAAAACCAACUCUGAUAAAGCAUUUACGAAUGAUCUUCUUCGGGUGAAUUUGAAAUUUAGAAGUUAUGAAGGAACUAUGUCAGGCCUUAUUGUAUAUGGUCUUGAGUUUCGACCGAUGUAAGAAUAUAUUUA